AGUUAAACCCAGUCUGAUCAAAAUGAGCUCCAAAUAGACUUUUAGAAAGUGAGCGGUUUGUGUUAGAAACCUUUUUUAGGGUUCCGAACCGAAGUGUUUGCGAGAUUAAGAAUUGAUAGAAAUUGGGGAUUUAAAAUAGAAUUGGGGAAUAGAAUAAGAAUUUAGAGAUUUGAGAUAGGAAGAACAGAAUUGGGAGUUAGGGAUAUAGAAGAGAAAAUUGGGGAUCGAGGAGAAGAACGGCCAAAGGCCUAGUGAUAGGUGACGAAUAUUGAGAGAAGAGGAAUUAGGGUUUUGAGGGAUAUUUCCUGAAUACUUCUUUGAUUGAUUCUAACGUAAGACUCAAAGUACAUAUUUAUAAUAAGAUACCCAAUACCCUAAAAGAACCCUAAUCCUAAUCGGCCCACUAAUCAAUCAUGUUUCCUUCGUAUCGAUUGAAGAUCACAUCAAUCGCGACCGAGCUUCGAUCAAAACCAAUUGAGCUCUUAUCAAGUGAGAAGUUGCACCUUUGGUCCGUUUUCGUUUUAAGUUUUGUUCAAAUUUAACCAAUCUGUUGGGGUUGGGUUUGAGCUGUGUACUUUGAUACAAACAAGCACAAAUUGUGCUCGCAUUAAGUGGCAUUAGAGCCUUGGUUAAACACAGUGGCCAAGAAGAUGAGGAUGUUCGCCCGGUUGUUGCGCGAACGAGGAAGAAGGACUUGAUUGACCUUCGAAAACCAGAGGAAACAGAGUCGGAGUCCGAAUCCGACGAGCCGAAUCAGGAAGGUGAAACUUCAAUGGCGGGCCAAUUUAACACGACUCAGUUCUUACAGACCAUCACGACGCAUAUCAGAAUGCUUUUCAAGCUCAAUUAGAUAAAAUCGAGCGCCAAUUGGAGCAACAGGGACUGAGACUUGAUGCUCUGUCUCUGACAGUAACACAGGGGAAUCCUCGUAUUAAGCCAAAGGAGCACGAGUAUGGUGACGCUACUGCUGACAAUCGGGAUUUAAUAACAGAAAUUGAGGAGCUGGAGCAACAGCUAGUCGUAGGUGAUCCUAGGCAUGGACGACGUCGACAAGAGCAUCAAGGAAGGCUAUUACCAAUGAGAAAUCCACGAGUCCUUGCAGGGGAUUCGACAAGGAUCACACGGCGUGGAAGAGUAUUUUUUGCGAAUUGGAAUUGCUAAUCAUGAGGGCCGACAUUAGGGAGGAUAAGGAGACCACCAUCGCCCGAUUUCUCCAUGGGUUAAAUUGCGAAAUUCGACACGAAAUUUAUCUAAGAUCAUUCGUCGAAUUGGAAGAAGCGGUUCACCUGGCGAUCAAGAUUGAAAAGCAGCAUAAGAUGUUCACAGGAAGCAGAUUCUCGAAUUCUAAGCCGGGAACAGAGACGCCAGCCGAGGUGAACAAGCCUGAAAUUGUAAAGCCUGCUCCAAGGAAUUUGACUCCAGCACAGUCGGAACGAGUUGGGGCCUCCAGUGGAAACAUUUAGUAUAUCAAAUGUCGUGGUCGAGGCCAUAAGGCCAAUCAAUGUCCUAAUCUUAAGACGUUGAUACUACGAGAUGGAGAGUAUGUUUCUGGCGACGAAAACAAAGGCCCAAUUGUGCAUAACGAUUCGUCAGAGGAAGAAGUAGAUGAAGAUAUUGGAGCAGAAUUUGGACCUUUCCUUUCAUUCUGGGCUUUAACGACGGAAGGCGAGAUGAGCGAUGACCAGUGAACUAACCUGUUUCACACGAGAUGCCUCGUCAAUGGCAAGUGUUAAUCAGUGUUGUCAGCGGAGGCAUUUGUACAAAUGUAAUCAGCCUUAACACCGCCAAGAAAUUGGGCCUGGAAAUGAUUAAACACACUGAGCCCUACAACAUACAUUGGCUCAAUGAUUACGGAGAAAUUAAGGUUACAAGGAGAGCUCAAGUCAAAUUUGAAAUCGACCAGUACAAGUAUGAGCUCUUGUGCGACGUUUCGCCGAUGCAAGUAGCCCAUCUCUUUCUUGGAAGAACUUGGAAAUAUGAUCGAGCUAUCACAUAUGAUGGUGGCUCCAAUUGUUACAAAGUCAAGCAUGACAAAAAGCGCGUUUUGCUCAAACCAUUGUCAAUGUCGGAGGUGUGGUCCGAACAGCAGCAAAUGGCCUUAAUGAGAGCUGACUCGCUACGACACAAUACCUAACAAUGGUCAAGUGUAACCAAUGGAAGGGACUGCAGUAUAGUGGCUCAAGUGAUAAAUAUCGAAUCCACGGGUCUCUAGAGUUACUAUUACUUAGCUUCAGUUUAUUAUUUAGCAAACCAGAUUAAGAUGAAAGAACUAAAACUACUAUAGCAAACUACAGUUAAAGUUAAUCUAAUUACAGGUUGGGAACUCACUUAGGUAUGAUUCCCCCUAGCCACUAGCCAGAUUAAUGAUUGAUGAUCUCUAACCUGUUUCACUUUCAUUCACAAUGCGGAGAAUCCUUGACUAGACCUUGAGUCUCGACUAAAGGAACAAGGCCCUCUUGAGUCAAUUGCCUAGAGGGACGUAUCCUUCUCUUGAACAACCGAUCAAGGCAUUCUGAACUAGACUCCCUCUAUCGAAAGAGGUUCUCAAUCGGUACAAAGCAGUGAAUCAACCCUCGACUAAAGUAAUCGAUCCACUACUAUCAAUCUAUGGUGCUCUAUUGACCUAAUCAGGUAUUCCCUCUCAUAGGAUCAAAGCAGAAUCAAUAAUCUCGACUAAAGCAUAAUUGAAUCAUGAAAACAUGCAUAGAUUGAAUAUGAACUCAAGAUUAUCAAGUCAGAGUACUCAUACAAUCAUCCAAUCAAACAAAGAUAGCUAGGGUUCCUCAAAACCUAAGUGAAGGGAAGUUACUCCAUAGAGAAGAGAGAGACUGCAGUAAGAAUCUUCAAAUGAUCAGUCUUCAAGUCCGGGCUUGUUCUUCGAGCUUCCAAGGCAAAGAAAUCCUCCAAUUCCACUCCAAGAAUGCCCUCAAAUCGCCCUCUCUCUCUUUGGUUCGUCCCUUGGGUGUUUGGGAUCCAAAACCCAGCUCUCCCACUCCUUUGGCUCGAAAUUGGCUUAAAAACCCGAUUCUGGGCAAAACACUAUCGAGGGCACGGCCGUGCUUUGGUUUUGCCCGCCCGUGUUUUCAUUUAGGCGCGCCCGUGUUUUUACUGCCGAACCUGUUCCCCUAUAUUCAAUGCUUCGUUUCUCCCUCGUCCGGACUCCGAAUCAGUCGUCGUUCGAUCCCAGACGCUCGUAGUCUCGUCCUCUUUCUUUUAAUGACAAGCUUGCAUGAUUCUUUGUCCAUAAAGUGAGGUAGUAAUCCAUUCUUCUUCAGGUCAUGCCAGAGUUUCUUCUCCCUAAUCGCCAAUUGAUCUCUGAUUGACUUGGAACUUGCGCCUAUGCUUCACUUUAUGUUCUAGGACCUGAAUGUGACAAAGGAACACAACCUAGCGUAAAAUAGGCCAAAGACGUGAUAAUUAAAGCUCAAACGAUCAAGAAACAAAGGGAGAAAACAUGUGCAAAUAUCGAGUCAUCAAGAGCUUGGGAAAGUGGAGAAUCCAGAAGUGCGAGGCAUAGAACAGUCCUGGUGCGUGGAGGGUUUAUGUUAAUUGCCCUGCGGAAGCUUACGAUGUCUCGAUAAGUAAGCAGACAGCCAUAUCGGCACGUUGGUUCUUGGCCUAGGAACAUCCGAGACCUGACAAAUUGGGACAAGGAGCCUUGAAAUCGAAAUGCCCAAUUUGUCAAUUUAUGGUCAAUACGUGCAGAGUGUCGACCAUCUCAAAUUGGUUAUGGGGAUUAGCGUUGAUUCGAUGCAAAUAGCCACUUGGGUUCGCUUUCUAGAGUCCUAAGGAUGGAGUAGAAGCAAGGAAAGCGGUUCGAGAACACGUGAAUUGAUUUUCCCAAAUUUUGAUUUGUGGUCGCCGGAUUCUGGGUUCACAUUGUCAGAUUCUGGAAAUUUUGAAUUUUUCAACGGCGAGAAAAUUACAAACGGCGAAUUGGGGACAAUCGAAUGGUAUUAGGAACUGGAAUUGGUUGGAGGAGGAUCCUGGAUGUGUAGCGAAUGCGACUCACGAGAUCAACUUCUAUUAAACGACAUUAUUCGUAAGAUCCCCGAAUUGAGGAGCUCGUCGGACCCCGAAUUGCGGUCACAGAGGGUUACUUUUGAGAUCCUUUUUAGGUUGAAUUUGAUGGUGUUUUUGGACGCAGGAGUGAACCAGCUUUGAGGGGGAAACUUUUUGAAGAAGGGGGGGGGGGGGGGCUAAUAUGAUCCCAAUUUACAUAAGGAUUAAUUACUUGUCAAAGAAUCAACCCAUGUUGGAAGGAGAAAGGGUAGAAUUUGGCUAAGUGCUCGAUCAGUUUCGUGGUGCCUACUUUGGAGGUUUAUAUCUUACAUUUUGAUUGAUGGAAAUGCAAGAGGAAGGUUGGGAUUUGAAGUUCAAGUGAUUUUCUACAUGAAUGUAGUCUUGUUUGAGUAGGAUCAAGCCAUUGAAAUCAUUUCCCAAAAUCUGGAGCCAGUUCGAGUGACCUUUUUUGGAAGCUUAUUUGAAGCAGAUGGAGUAUAGACGAUGGGAGUUUUGAGUUGGAACUUAAAGUUAGAGACCUGGAGAAGAUACGACUGAAGCUUGUUUGGCUUGAAUCUCUCUAGAAGGCCUUGAUCGAGAACUUCAAAGUGGCUAGGAAGACUGGACUUGUUUCCUUGCGUAGGCAGGCAGAAGCUUAAGUAUGAAGCAACAGAGAUUUGUUUACCUUUUGAGUUUGGAUUUUUGUUUCCUUGUUAGAGUUAGAGUUAUAUUUGAUUCAUUGUUUGUUUAGAAGUCGAGUUUAGGUUGUAAAUUGUAUAUUUAAAGGCUUGAAAGCCCCGUGUAAAUUUUUUUUGUUUUUGAUGGAAUGAAAAUUGUGACUUGUCACUCAAUCCUUGCAUUGUUGGUUGUGUUCUAGCUUCGUGUUUGUUUCGUAUCGAUUGAAGAUCACAUCAAUCGUGGUUGAGCUUCGAUCAAAUCCAUUCGAGCCUCUUCCCAAGUGAGAAGUUGAACCUUUGGUCCGUUUUCGUUUGAAGUUUUGUUCAAAUUUAACCAAUCCAUUGGGGUUGGGUUCGAGCUGCGUGCUUUUAUUCAAAUAAGCACAAACUGUGCUCGUAUUACACUCUAAAAUCACAUCAAAAUCAAAUAGAAACAAAAAUAGGGAUGCAAUCAACGUUGUUUAAACAAUUAUGCACAUGAAUUGGCACGAAAUAGACCUUAAUAUGAAGGUUAAAUAACACCAGUUUAGGUGUUGUCAAUCAACCAUCAAAGCAUGAAUGAGUUCAAUACUUGAUACCUUAGAUCAUCAAUGUUAUAGACAAUUAAUAUGGUUCAUAGAGGUCUUAAAUACUUAAUGUGAUAUCCUCUCUUGUUUGAUUGAUUAGUCUAAGGACAUGAAGCCAAAGCACGCAUUAGAUAGUUCUAGUUCCUUUUGCAUGCGGCGAAAGCUCGAUUAGGAAUGCUUUAGUGGAAGGAUGCAGUUUGUGUUAUAAAAGAUGCAUCGAUGAAUGUAAUGAUCCAUAUUGAGAUUAUGAUCGUCUAGGAUAAACUUUCUUAUCAAUUGUGUAUCUUUUACCUAUCUUGUUAUUUAGGUUAUGCUUGCUUUAUCUUAUAAUUCAAAAAUCACUAAAGAUAGGGAACCUCAACCCAUCGAUUUAUGUUGAGUCUUUGUUUGAGAAUUAGAUGAUUGGUUAUGAGUAACUAUUAUUAGAAGAAGUUGUGAAAUAUAACUCGAGACAUAUAUAGGAAUUUUAUCACUUUGAUUGCAUUACUUUGAUGUGAAUUAAGUUUUUGGCACAAUUUUUAGGGAUUUCUAUCAGUAUAUGAAAGAAACUAACCAUCUUAUGUCUCUUUAUUAUCUUUAUAUUUAGUUUUUUUUGUAGAUUUUCGUGUAUGAGUCCAGUGUCUACUAGAAGAGCAACUGACUCGCUAUUACCAACACAACUAAACUAAAUCAAGUAUAAUCCUAAUCUAGGAAUGCAGUAUAGGGUUCAUGUUUUAAAUGUCAAUCCUGGUCUUAGGUCUAAUGGUUACUCUGUGUAAUUCUAUUAUCUAGCAACGGGAUUUGAGUGAAGUUGAUUACAAGUAAAGACGAACAUAAAGCAAGUAAACGUUCUAGUUUCAA